AUGAUGACUUAUAGAGCAAUAAAUCUUCCUUCAAUUGAACUAGCUUGCUCCAACAAAAUAUUUGUCUCCCCAUCUGAUUAUCAAAGAUUAUUAUCUCAGGUCGAAAAAGAGCCGAUUUAUGUGGAAAUUUCUGGUUUUGUAUUUAUAGCCCAAUCUCAUCCUGCAGUGACAGAAGGUAUCGCAAUGGGCAAGCUUAUCAGAAAAAUAUGUCACAUAAGUCUAAUUGACUCUUUUGAGCUCAAAAUAUUCAAUUCUCCAUUAUUUUAUCUUGGAUUAAUGAAUAUUGAUGUUGAGCUACCCCAGAUUGGCCCUACGAUUGAGAUUUCUAAAAGACUGCUUGAAAAUGCAUUCAUAAUUAAAAUAUGGCGUCUUCUUCUGGGCAUGGCCUCCCGGCCAUGCAGCCUCGACUCAUAUUUUAAUUAUAUCCGGCAAGGUUUUGCGAUUUCAGAGAUGGACAGCAAUGCUAGGUAAGCAAUUCUGGUUGUGUGCAGAGCCUAGCAUUAGUCUAUUCUCAGAGGUGGUUUUUUCCUCAUGGGGAAGGAGGACACGGAAGUUGGAAAGGGGAAGCCCAGCAAAGUCCUUAGGACCAAUCGGGCAACUCCCUAGCGUGAAACUGGGCGUUACGUCCCAGGCUACGUUUGCCGAUAGCCGACCAGAAAAUCCAUUUUUUGGAUUUUCGGAAAAGCAACCCAUGUUAGCAAGCAAGUAGCUCACUCAUGAGCCGUUGAAGCCGGUGACGUUUGCCCUAGCUGCACCCUGGUGCAAUAAAGCAGGUUGGCCCAGCAACCUGUGGGCCCGAUAUGGUGAAAAGCAAGCGGUAGACUUGGGGAUGGUCGACCCCGUAAGGAAUGCUAAGCGUUAUAAAAUUCUAUGUAAAUUCUAUAUAAUGUAAUGCUUGAAAAUGCAUUCAGAGAAAACAUGAAUGAUUUAGUUUUUAACCAAAAUCAAAUCUUAUUUCUUCGUUUUCGAAAUUGUCCUCUUUUAUUAACAAUUUGAAAGGUCGAAGGUAUGAAUUUAAUAAACCAAGAACCACAAAUAGAAAAUUUUCAAUGCCAAAGAGGAAUUUUACAUCCUCAAACCCUGAUUUUAUUUAACACAAGAUCUUCAAACUUAUGCUUAUAUUAA